CUUAUCGUAUCAACCACAGAGAAUAAUAACAAUGGCACAUGCAGCAAACCCUAGUUUCCACGUACUACUUCUCUUCAUUUCUCUUGCCUCAUCUUUAUCAAUGGGAGCUGUUCAAUAUAAUGUGCGAAGCUAUGGAGCCAAGCCUGACGGCAAAACAGAUUCAACCAAGGCGUUUCUAGCAGCUUGGACCCAAGCUUGUGCCUCUACAAAAUCAGCCACCAUCUACGUUCCUAAGGGAAGGUUCCUUCUAAGUAGAGUUGCAUUCCAGGGCCCAUGCAAAAACAAUGCUACUUUUUUGCGUAUAGAUGGUAGCCUUGUGGCUCCUUCAGAUUACAGAGUUAUAGGAAGUUCUCAGAACUGGAUAAUCUUUGAACAUGUUAAUGGGGUUAAGGUUUCUGGUGGUGUUAUUGAUGGACGAGGCACUGGCUUGUGGUCUUGCAAGAACUCUGGCAAGACUUGCCCUGAUGGUGCAACGUCACUUGAAUUCACAAAUUCAAACAACAUUGUAAUAAGCCGAUUGACGUCACUGAAUAGCCAAAAGUUUCACAUUGUCAUCAACGAAUGCCAAAACGUCAAAGUGCAAGGGAUGAAAAUCAUCGCCUCCGGGGAAAGCCCUAACACCGAUGGGAUUCAUGUUCAAGCAUCAACAGGUGUCACCAUCCUCAACUCUAAGAUUGGCACAGGAGAUGAUUGUGUAUCAAUUGGCCCCGGCACCACUAAUAUGGGGAUUCAAAAUGUUGCCUGUGGACCUGGCCAUGGAAUCAGCAUUGGAAGUUUAGGUAAGGACGUUCAAGAAAAUGGAGUUCAAAAUGUGACAGUCACAGGAGCUACAUUUACUGGUACUGAAAAUGGAGUGAGAAUCAAGACAUGGGGGAGACCUAGUAAUGGUUUUGCCAGAAAUAUUGUUUUCCAGCAUCUUGUCAUGAAUAAUGUUCAAAAUCCCAUGGUGAUCGAUCAAAAUUAUUGCCCUAGCCACAGUGAUUGCCCUGGCCAGGUUUCUGGAGUAAAAAUUAGUGAUGUGAGCUACCUUGACAUCCAUGGAUCAUCGGCAUCAGAAAUUGCAGUAAAAUUUGAUUGCAGUAAGAAAUACCCAUGCAGUGGAAUUAAAUUACUGGGUAUAAAUCUCACUUACAAGAACCAACCAGUUCAAGCAUCAUGCAAUAACACUAAUGGAGCCUGUCUGUAGAGGAAAAGUGAGAAAAAGUCUUGUGUUAGGCUUCAUAGGAAUACAGAAAUAUGAGAUUUUAUUUGUAAAUUAAAAAUGUUAAUUUGUUUUGAAUUUCAUUAAUUUGCUUGAGCCCAUGGCAUUCCAGCACGUAGUUGUUUGGAGCUGGCUGGCCUUGCGCAUAUAAUAAGAGUUUGUCUCCCAGCAUUUUAUUUGUUUAUGUCUUCAUUUUCUUGUAUCAUCGAUCAUAGGAAUAUAAUAUAUAUG